UGCAGGUGUACACAGAUCCAAGCGCUCCUCGCGCUCAGUUUAAGCGCGAGCCUCAAGAUGAAAGUUCCACCUGUGGGCCGCGCGAGGAUCCAAACAGACUGAACCGACAGUGCGUGCCGCGCACUAAAAUGCCCAAAAGUGAUACCUGGCCAGGCGGCACUGAACCAGAGACGAUGGACGGCAUGGACAGAGCUGGUAGCUGCGACAGCGUUGUCAGCGCAAACUCCGGCUUCAGCGAGGACAGUCUGGAGCAUCUUUCUGCAGAAGAGAAGGCCUGUCUAAUGUUUUUGGAGGAGACCAUCGAGUCGUUGGACAACGAAGACGACAGCGGACUUUCCCACGACGAGCCUGAACGCCUGCCCGGCCCUGGCAACGUCGCAGCCAAACUCAACGACCUCUCUGUCUCCGUGGGCAAAAGUCACAUCAACAGUUCACAGAAACCGGCCAAGCAACCCGUCCAGAAAAAUGUUGACACCAAACACAUGCAGCGCUACCUUGUCCCUACGCCUCUAAUCGUGGCGAGCAGCUCUCAGUGUUCUGCUCCUAGCACCAAGGCGCUCGCUCCUGUGGACAAAACGGCUUUUUCCAAGUCUCAGCUCACAUCGACAAACAUCGUACCGCCUUCCGCAAAACCCAGGGAGAACUCGGCCAAGCAAGCGGAGGGCUUGUUACCAAGAGGACCUCUGUCCUAUGAGGCGCUUGCUCACCUGCGGAGAAAUGCUUCCCAGAAGAAGACGCCUUUGUGUCCCACAAUUGAUCACACGAUAGACUUGGAACGCGAACGUCCACCGCCAGUGAAAGGCCCAAAAUUUGGGAAUGUCACAAAAUCUGACAAAUCCAUCCCAGAGGUUCACAGGUCUAGGACAGUGCCACCUGCUGUGCCCCCGAAACCUAAAAAGAUACCUGCCAACGUCUAUGCGAAAGUCCAAAAUGAGGAACCCAUAACGCCAGACCUUUCGGAAAGUGUGAAGCACGCGACAAACCCAGAGGUGGUGAGAGAGGAAGCUUUGCAGAGGCUUGGACUGCUGAAACACGCGCAGGAAGAUGGAGCAGGUGCCCCUCCGCCUCCCCCAAAGCCCCAGCCCAGAAAACCUGCAAGGGGUCUCUCAGAUCCAACAAGACAGCCGGCGUCUGGUUCCACGCAGGAGCAUGCAGAACCCAGGAACAGGCCUCCAAAGCAUAGUCCUGCUGUCCAUCCCCAGUCCAAGGAGGAGCAGCCUGUUUUAUUAUUACACGUUCAGUCUCAGUCCGGUGGGCUGAAGACAGAAGGUCCGGAGCGCUCCGUCAACCAAGACCGCUUCACAAACCACCCUGAACAGCACCUACAGCACACCGCUUGUGCAAAACCAGCGAAAAACAAGACCACAGCUCAGCCUUCAGCCGACCCAGCCGUGGGCUCAGUGGGUUACACCGCCAUGGUGGUCCCUGGAAUGGGCUCCGAUCGAAAAGAGGCUCUCAGAAAACUGGGUCUGCUUAAGAGCUGAAGGUUUGCGAACAGCAGGAGCGUCUACAACUUAGAGGGUUUAAUGAGCGCCAACAACGUUAGAGCGUCAUUCAGUGUGGUGAAUCAACUCUAAACAGAAUAAGGCCAGCUCUGUUAAACGUAAAAUAUAUACUCACUCAUUAAGGAAAUAUGUCCUUAGGUUCCAAAGAAUCAACAAAAAUGCGCCUUGCACAUUUCAAACCUUUUUUACACACUUCUCUCAAGAUAAUGUAAUCUAAAUCAAAAUCUUUUAAUGGGAAUAAUUUUAAUACAGUACGCAAUAAGGCGACAAGAACUAAAUCAGCCUAAAGGUGCUUUAGGAGGUUUGCCCAAAUUGACAAUUAUUGCUUGUUCGUUUUUCACAGAUGUGCCUGAAGGAAAUAUGUUGGGUCAAUUGUUAUUUGUGUUUCGUGUAUAUUGUUUUGCAGUAAUUUCAUUAAAUGCACGAUCGAUUCCCAAAUGCUUGAUGGCUAAAAUAGUUUCUCUGUAUACUUGAGUUACGAAGUCUCUGAGAAUGCUGAAUUGUCUGUAUUUAAAUCCGAAAUGUUGAUUACUGAUAAGAGAAAAAGCAAUAAUUACGUCGAAAUGUUUUAACCUUUUUUGCCAUUUUCGAAAAAAAAAGGCAACUGAAGAAUAAAGAUUAAUGUGUGCAGCACCUUGAUACUCCAACGCUUCCAUUGUUUAUUUCAGCAUCGCCUUACAUCAGUUCAGACCGUUUCCCUCGGCAGAAGUGAGGAGCAGCCUUGUUAGUGACUGUUUGACCUUGUAAUUUGAUCAGCAUGGACCAACCUGCAGACCCUUUGACCCAUUUUUUUUUUUUCUGAAACAGAAGUAUUUCAUUCUGUACUUUCAUCACAGAACAUCAGCUAAACUACUCAUCUUACAGGCCACUCAGCUGAUGAGGAGGCCUGCUCAGCUGUUCUUCCAUUAUCCGAUUAUCUUGUAGACAACCCCCAUGUGGCGCUCAAGAUAAUCAGCUUUCUCUGUUUCGCUGAUGCCCCUUACAUGGAACCUUUCACUUUUAUCUCACUGGACUGACUGAAAAGCUUGUACGUUAGUCUGGAAGCCGCUGCGUAAUUGUUACAGUGACUUGCUCUCCGGGUAUUUUAUGUCUGAACAAAAAAAGAAGGCGUCACAUUGUGAAACUGGCACAGCUCUAGUAAUUUGAAGCAACAGGUGAUUAAAACUAGGUCUUUGGCAAAAA